AUGUCGUCAUCCUCGGAAGUUGAUGAGAGCAAGAAGUGGCCACCUAUGUGGCUAUCUUUCUUGUCCCUCAUUCUAGCAUGGGGAAGCACAUUUAAUUUUGGCUUCACCAUGCUCAUCACAAACCCGGCCCAGGAGGCAUUUGUUAAUUUUGUGCGGGCAUCCAAUGAGCAAAAUGAAGGAUAUGGAUUUGGUCUGGCUGUAGAUACCCAAUGGUUCUUCAUCCUGGCCAUUUUGUUUAUUGGGCACAUAAUUGGAAGUCUGCUCCUCCCGAUAAUCGCUCGCCAUGGAAGAAAAAACUCAUUCAUGUUUGCUGUGGUCAUGGAAGUGCUUGCAUUGAUAGCCACCAUCGCAAGCUUUUGGCUGGUCAACCACCUUCUGUUCACCAUCGCAAGGAUUCUGCUGGGCAUGGGAACGGCGAUGGCUAUGGGACUCUCAGGGAUCACGGUUUUGGAGUCGAGCCCAACCUAUUGCCGUGGAGUGGCUUCAAUGGUUAAUGGGAUAUUCCUCCAGUUCGCCCUUGUCGUUGGAGCAGUUCUCGCCAUGCCAAUCGUGCUGGGAAACGAUGCCAAUUUGGUGUACCUCUUCGUCUUCCAACUCUGUUGCAAUCUGAUCGUUCUCUGCAUCAUCCCAUUCCUCCACGACUCCCCUCAAUUUCUGGCGCAUUCGAAGGAAGGAGACCGUGAGAAGACAGAAAGAAAGGUCAUCGCCUCCAUCAUGUUCUAUCAUGGAAUCACGGAGGAGCAAGCAGUGCCUCUGGCCAAGAGUUUGAUGGAAACCAAGCAAGGAGCGAAAGCCGGUAUCUUCACCGUUUUUAAUGAUCCAUUCAAUCGUAGAGGAGUUGGUCUUGGAGUCCUAACCACAUGGGGAAUGGCUAUGUCCGGCAUCACGGUCAUCAAUGCGUUCACCCUCGAAAUUCUGAUGACCAUGGGAUUAGACCAAGGUACCGCUGCCAUCGCCAACUCUGGAACUUGCCUGUUCUCCUUGGCCGGCAUCAUCACCUCAACCUUUAUCGUGGAUCGAUGGGACAGAAGAUCAUUGAUUUUGCGCACGUUUAGCGCUCUGAUUGUGAUCAACAUCGCCAUCGUCAUCCUUCUGAGUUUCGCUGGUUACAAGAAUAUCUACGUAUCGGGGUGUUUGAUUGUCGCGAUUUGUCUCUUCAAUUUUGUCUUCUCAAUGGGUCCGGGCCCUUUGUCAAUGUUCAUAGGAGGAGAGAUUGUGACGCCAGAUAGUCGUUCAGCUGCUGCAGUCUAUUCCAACGCCACAAUGGCAACUUCAAGAUUCGUCACCCUUCUCACUUAUCAUUCGGUCGCAAAAUGGUGCUCGCCAGCCGCGUAUGGAAUCUAUUUUAUUCCAUCAAUGGUGAUCACUGUGUACCUCCUUCACAAGCACCUCCCAGAGAGCAGAGGGAGGAAUGUAACCGACUUGAAAGCAGAGUUCGAAAUGGAAAAGUUAAUUGAGUAA